GUAGGGGCCAUUUUGCAUUUUCCCUUUUACCAAUCGCUGCCUCACAAAAGUUUUUCCCGCCAUUCUCUGUGGCCAGGGUCAACAGUACAAGGGACACCCUCUCUUGCUGUUGCCUCACCGUUCCGACUAUUUUCCCUCGAUCAUUCGCAUGAACAUUCGUCCGACCGUCUCUGUCCCUUCGACCAAGAAGAGGGUACCCGAAUCGAUUUCAUUGGCCGCUCUCUUUUUACCACCGAACGGUUUCAUGGGUCUUUCGACAUUUUCCUCGGAAAGUUGGGGGAACCGCUUUGGCUGAUCAGCGCGAGCGUCGAUCAUCUCCAGUCUCCUUCGCCUCAAAUUCCUUCCGUGCUAAUUUAGCAUUUAGAGUUAGUAAUUGCAUAUUUUGGACAAGUACUUCAACGGGGGCACUUAUCUUCGGCAAGUAUAGGGAAUCGAUGACCAAGACCUUAUGCAAAAGUUUGGACGCAUCAAAUGCAAAUAUUCGCUUUAUAGCCGCAUUGCAAACAGUAGAGCUUCCAUAAAGGCAGCCAUGUAUUAUUACAGACUUGGCCACCUCUAAAUUGUGUUUAAAUGCUCGGUUGGUUUCUCCAGAAAAGAAAAAUGGGUAAAGAUGAAGUGCCAUUAAUUACUCGGAGAACCACCAGGUCAUCUUCUGCCACAGCAAUUUCAACCAAGAAUAAUGUUGUUGAAAGUACAACAUCAACCAACAUAUGCUCUCCAUCACCCAUUGAUCUUUUAUAUGGAGGAGAACCCAUUGAUUUGGAUGUCCUGUUGUCUAACUUUCCAGGUAGACAUCCUCAAAUACGUGAGCUUUUGCAGAUUUUGGGUCCUUUGAAUGCUCCCAUGCUUCCUGUCUUUGUUUAUGGUGGUCCUUCAACUGGAAAAACCGGUAUACUGCUGCAGUUAUUUAGACAUCUUAAUCGGCCCUUUGUCUAUUCGAGCUGCCGCACAUGUUACAGUCCUAGAAUACUGUUUGAAUCUGUUCUGAAUCAGCUGUCAUAUCAUCAAAAGAAUUCAACAAAUGGAUAUUCAAGUGUAAAGCGAUGCGAAAAGCCAUCUGAUUUUGUGAAUUUUCUUCGUGAAGCCUUGGUUGGUAUUGUGAAGAGUCUUAAGGAGAACAGGAGAAAAUCAAAGUCUAGCAAGAAGCUAGAGCGAUCGAUUGACGGAAACAUGGUCUACUUGAUAUUUGACAAACUAGAGCUUGUUAAGGAUUGGGAUAAAAGUUCUACCAUAUUGCCAUUGUUAUUCAAUCUUGAUAGCAUGCUAAACAUUCCUGAGGUUGGGUUAAUCUUUAUCAGCAGUACUCCUCCCGAUACAUUCUACUCAAGUAUGGGUUACAUAGAGCCUAUCCCUCUUUAUUUUCCUACCUAUAAUGAAGACGACCUUCGCCAAAUUCUUGUGAGAAACCAAGCAAAUCCGAAGCUCUAUUCCUCCUUCCUUGAUGUGGUACUGAGGCCUUUCUGCAGAAUCACUAGAAGGUUGGAUGAAUUAUCAGCCGUCUUUUCGCCAUUAUUCAUCGAAUAUUGCAAACCUCUAAAUGACCUGGCAAUUGUUCCCAAUGAGGAUCUGAAGAGAAAGUUAUUUAGUAAUCUUCAGCCUCAUAUAUCUCUUUUUCUGAAUGAGACAUUUAGAGUUCUAAGUCAGUCUUCCUUGGGAGCUGAAAGAACUAAGGACGGAGAACCAAGAGGCAGCAAGAGCAAAGUAGGAACCUGUGAAGACUCUGAUGAGUUGGAUUUUCACAUGUCUACCUCAGCAAAGUACCUUCUUAUCUCAGCCUUCCUUGCUUCGAGAAACCCAGCAACUCUUGAUGCAUCAUUUUUUGACUCCCGUGGUGGUUCCGCCGAUGGCCGAAAACGUCGACGGAAGCCUUCUGAAAUGGCGAAGGGGCAAAAGGAAGCUGAAGAACAGGAACUACUCUCUAAAGGACCUGGAAGUUUCCCAUUAGAGAGGCUAUUAGCUAUAUUUCAGUGUAUUACAUCUGUGGCCGAAGAUUCCCUUGGCGAAGAGGUGCAGGAGGAGGAUUCUUUGGAAGUUGAAGGCCAAAACAACCCGCUCAUGUCUGAUGUUCUCUUGCAACUAUCUACUCUCUGCAAUGCUAAUUUCAUCGUGAAAGGAGGAACCUGUCCUCUUGAGGGCUCCACAAGGUAUCGAUCUGUGGUAUCAGAGGAUCUUGCUCUCAAGGUGGCAAAAAGCGUGAAGUUCCCUCUGGCAAAGUACGUGUAUAGAAGAUGAUGCCAUGGAGCGCGACCUUGUGAUCACUCUUGAGUCACUAAACCGCAAGAGAACGUGGUUAUUAAGUACUAAUG